UCCUCACUUCCUCAGAUUGCAGAGAGUUUUCAUAAGAGCAACAAACACGAGUAAAACUGUUUUCUACAAAUAAAAACGAACAAAUUUGAGACUAAAGUUGUACGAAGCACACACCUCAACCAUGUCUGACCUGAGGAAAAUUAGAGACGAGGAUCGUGAAUCUGUAUAUGGCCGUGUAUAUGCUGUAUCGGGCCCAGUCGUUACGGCGGAGUGCAUGUCGGGAGCAGCUAUGUACGAGUUGGUGCGCGUCGGCUACUAUGAGCUGGUAGGCGAGAUUAUUCGCCUGGAAGGUGAUAUGGCCACCAUCCAAGUGUAUGAGGAAACAUCAGGUGUGACAGUUGGCGAUCCUGUGCUGCGAACUGGCAAGCCACUGUCUGUAGAAUUGGGACCCGGCAUUAUGGGCAGCAUAUUCGACGGUAUUCAGCGUCCGCUGAAGGACAUUGGUGUGAUGACCAGCUCCAUUUACAUACCAAAGGGUGUGAAUACGCCAGCGCUGUCGCGUUCAGAAAUGUGGGAAUUUAAUCCGCUAAAUGUGCGCGUCGGUUCUCAUAUCACUGGUGGCGACCUAUACGGCGUGGUGCACGAGAAUACACUUGUCAAGCAGCGCAUGCUCGUUGCUCCACGCGCCAAGGGCACAGUGCGUUAUAUUGCGCCAGCUGGCAACUAUAAUCUGGAGGAUGUUGUGCUGGAGACAGAGUUCGAUGGCGAAAUCACCAAGCACACGAUGUUGCAAGUGUGGCCCGUGCGUCAACCACGACCAUGCACAGAAAAAUUGCCUGCCAAUCAUCCGCUCUUUACUGGACAGCGUGUGCUGGACUCCCUGUUUCCUUGCGUUCAAGGUGGUACCACUGCCAUUCCUGGUGCUUUCGGUUGCGGCAAGACUGUCAUCUCACAGGCUCUAUCUAAGUACUCCAAUUCUGAUGUCAUUGUCUACGUGGGUUGCGGCGAACGUGGCAAUGAAAUGUCUGAGGUAUUGCGUGACUUCCCGGAACUAACAUGCGAAAUCGACGGUGUGACUGAAUCAAUCAUGAAGCGCACAGCUCUUGUGGCAAAUACCUCCAACAUGCCUGUUGCCGCUCGAGAGGCUUCCAUUUAUACGGGCAUUACGCUCUCGGAGUACUUCCGUGAUAUGGGCUAUAACGUGGCCAUGAUGGCGGACUCAACAUCGCGUUGGGCCGAAGCCUUGCGUGAAAUUUCAGGUCGUCUCGCUGAGAUGCCUGCCGAUUCUGGCUAUCCUGCCUAUUUGGGAGCCCGUUUGGCUACUUUCUAUGAGCGCGCUGGACGCGUCAAGUGCUUGGGAAAUCCCGAACGAGAAGGAUCUGUUUCGAUUGUCGGUGCUGUAUCACCACCUGGUGGUGAUUUCUCCGAUCCUGUCACUUCCGCUACCCUUGGUAUUGUGCAAGUGUUCUGGGGCUUGGACAAGAAGCUGGCACAACGUAAACAUUUCCCUUCCAUCAACUGGUUAAUCUCUUAUUCGAAAUACAUGCGUGCUCUGGAUGAAUACUAUGAUAAGAACUUCCCUGAGUUUGUGCCACUACGCACAAAGGUCAAGGAGAUUCUGCAAGAGGAGGAAGACCUGUCGGAAAUUGUGCAGCUGGUGGGCAAAGCAUCUCUAGCCGAAACCGACAAGGUUACACUGGAAGUGGCGAAACUGCUGAAGGAUGAUUUCUUGCAACAGAACUCUUACUCUCCAUACGAUCGCGUUUGUCCUUUCUACAAGACGGUCGGCAUGCUGCGAAAUAUACUGGCCUUCUACGAGAUGGCGCGCCAUGCUGUCGAGUCUACUGCUCAGUCGGACAAUAAGAUUACAUGGAACACCAUACGCGAGGCAAUGGGUAACAUAAUGUACCAGUUGUCAUCCAUGAAAUUCAAGGAUCCAGUCAAAGAUGGUGAGCAAAAGAUUAAGGCGGACUUCGACCAACUGCAUGAGGAUAUACAACAGGCGUUCCGAAAUCUGGAGGACUAAGCAGCCUUAACCCAAUAUAUACUUGAACAAACAUAAAAAACAAACCAAACGAAAUAAGCAACCAAAGUUAGGUUAUUAUUCGAAUUCCCUAUUCAAUCUAGUCAUAUAUACAUUAUGGAUAAUAAGAUAUUUCAAAUCGAUUUUAUUUUUAAGUUUAACAGUUUAGCUUGAUUAAAAGUCAGGCACCUUUAGAUUUGCACUUCAACUUACAAAAGAAUAGAAGGACGAGAAGAUAGGAAAUGAAAAACCAAAGCACGAAAACCCAAAUGAAUGUUAGGAAAGACGAACAAUAAUUAGUCGGUAGCGCAAAAACAUCAAGUUGUCCACUUAAACCAGCCAUACUUAUGUCUAAAUAUCUCUGUUGAUAUACAUAUAUACAUAUUAUGUACUUAUAAACUCGUGUGCAACUAUUUGUAUUUUUAGUAAAAUUCAUAUAAAAUUAUAUCUUUUUAUUCUUUGCGUAACGA